GAGGCAGACAUCGAGGGUGUAACUAACUUUCAUCAGGGAAAGCGUACACACAUCACAGACCUUUACAUCUCUGCUUUGGGGAAUCUUCUAGGCUUUGCGGAAUAUUUUUUAAGGAGAUCUUUACUUUUUUGGGAAAAAUGGCACUCAGGCAAGAUUCAGAUAAAGAACCAAGCAUUGAGCUCUUCAUAAAGGCGGGCCACGACGGAGAAAACGUGGGGAACUGUCCCUUCUGUCAGAGACUCUUCAUGGUUCUUUGGUUGAAAGGAGUCAAGUUCACAGUAACCACUGUUGACAUGAGGAAGAAGCCAGAUGAGCUGAAGGAUUUAGCUCCAGGUACAAACCCCCCUUUCCUUCUGUAUAAUGGCACACUGAAGACUGACUUUAUUAAGAUUGAAGAGUUCCUGGAGACAACCCUCGCCCCUCCCCGCUAUCCUCAUCUCAGCCCCCGCUACAAAGAGUCAUUUGAUGUUGGUGCUGACAUUUUUGCUAAGUUCUCUGCAUUCAUCAAAAACAGCCUAAAUAAUGCUUUCCAUGAAAAAGCCUUACUGAGAGAAUUUAAGCGAUUGGAUGAUUAUCUGAACACACCUCUUCAGGAUGAGCUGGAUCAGAAUAUCUCUGUGUCUAGAAGAAAGUUUCUCGAUGGGAACCGCUUGACAUUGGCAGACUGUAAUCUGUUACCAAAGCUUCAUGUCACUAAGGUUGCAGCUAAGAAGUACUGCAAUUUUGACAUUCCUGCUCAGUUCACUGGAGUGUGGCGUUACCUGCAGAAUGCAUAUGAGAGAGAAGAGUUCAGCCAGACAUGCCCAGCUGACAUUGAAAUCGAGAAAACCUAUCUGAGUGUGGCCAAGAGAAAGUGAACUUCCUCUUCCUUAAGGUUUUCCAACAAGUACAGAAAAAUAUUUAAAUAGUGUAAAUAGUUUGUUCAUGGAGAGGUUUAUAUCAAUUUGCAUACUUGUAAAUGAACAUAAAAUUACAAAUUAAAACCACUUACAGCACAAGUUUACUGAUGCCUGUAAUUCCAGAACCAGAAGAGCUAGACUACUUUUGAUUGACUGCUAAUAUUAGUUUAAGCUUUAAUUUUGAUAGCUUUCUGGGUUAUUUUAUCAACUCAAUAGUCUGUAUCACCUCUUCGUGCUUUUAAAUGCUCACAUUUUUGUGCAUAAUGUAAAUAUGUAUUUUUUGAGUAUAUUCGGUUAUCUGUAGUGGAUAUCUAAAAUGUGUUUUAUCAUCUAGAAUGAGCUUACAGUACUCUUAAAAUAAUACAAGUGUAGUCAAUAUAAACAGUGAUCAGUAAGCAUCCGGUAGAUGAGUCACACAGUAAGAUAUUAAUUCACAGUAAUGGUUGUUUCAUAUGAAGGGUUAUAAAGGGUUAUAUUGUGAUACAGAUAUGAAGAUCACCACUGAUUAAUGUAGACAUUAUGAUUGUUUAAGUAAACGAUUAAACUGCUUUCUAUCAGAUUUUACUUAAAAUAAAAUGAAUAUAUUGCUGUCA